GGAAUGACGAAAAAAGACAGUGAAAAUCUUCAAGCAAAGCUUCGGAAGAUGGCAGCACCACUGAACAUUUCUACGGUUUCACACGAGUACAAGCGGCAUACAGCCAAUCAUCGGUCGUUUUUAUUAUACGUUUCCCUAAAACGUAUUACCAUUGGAUGAUUUUCUUCCGCUCUUACCCUAUACAAAGAAGAUGGCUGGGGUUGUUGAACUCCAGAAAUUGAAGUUGGCUGAGCUCAAGCAGGAGUGUGCUGUGAGGGGUUUGGGCGUGAAAGGCAACAAAGAAGAUGAGGUGAACGAAGAGGAGGUUUUGGGAGAGUUAGAGGAUGAUCCUAAAGAGGAGGAAAUCAGUGAAACACCUGCAGAAGAGGCAGCAGAAGAGGCAGCAGAAGAGGCAGUAGAAGAGGCAGCUGUACCUGAAAAGGAUGCUGAGAAGAAAGUUGUGAAAAUCACUGCCCCAUCAGUUGCGGAUGAGAGGCUGCAGAAGAGGGCGGAGCGUUUCAACCUGCCUGCCACUGCUGAUAGUAAGAAAGAGGCCCGCGCUGCCAGAUUUGGUUUACCGGCUCCAACACCGGCUUCCACACCAGGUGCAGCAGUUGCAAAUAGUAAACUAACUGUCAGCGUUGAGGUCCUGAAGAAGCGGGCAGAGCGCUUUGGCAUGAACGUCUCCUCUGUCGCCAAAACGGUUGAAGUCGACGAGAAGCUGAAAAAGAGGAAGGAGAGGUUUGGGAUUCUCACUGCUGCUGCUGUAGUUGGGGCCGAAGAUAGCGAGGCAAAGAAGAGGAAACGAGCAGAACGAUUUGGAAAUAAUUGAUCCAAUUGGACAUUUCUACUUUUUUAAAGAUUUCAUUUUGUAUUUUUUAAACUUGUUACUCUUGUUCUACAGUGGUAAAAUACCAACCUGUGCUGUUCAGUAAGAAAUAAUGUUUACAGUAUGUAAAAGUUUAGAAAUUAAAGAUAUUAUCCAAUUUCCCACAAGUGUCCUAAUAACCCUUGAGUAAACUUGUCCUAUUGCUGUUGGGAAAUAAGUCUGUGUACACCAUUAGGGGUUAAAGGAACUCUGUAGGGGAGAAGGGUUUGAUGUUCCCUGGCAGGGAUUUGGGUGUGUCCCAGCCCCAUUGGAUAAUGACUAAGCAAUUUAUAGCUAAACCUGUCAAUAGUCUCCUGCGAACCAGGUGGUAUGGUACCACUGCUCCAGGUUUGUGACAUUUGUCACUCAAUGGACAUGCUGUAACAAGUGUGGAGGCACUAAGCAACUGUUCAGUUGGAAAUUCAUUGUUAAAUCAGAUAUCCACUUCAAUAGUUUGCCAGUUUGGAUUCCUGGCUGCACACUUAAGCUAACUUUAUAAUCAUCUUACAGUAACUUAAUUGUGCUAUACAAUACAUUUCAGACACUUUGGGAUGAUUUAGGCAUAGCAUUUCAAACAUGCUAUAUUGACUUGGCAUUGGUUUUUGGCAGAAAUACUAGUUGGCAUUUGGUGAUGUGAGCCAGGUAAACACAAACAUGGAUUGCGGUCUCUGCUUGUCCAAAGACUACUUUCAUAUUGGUUUCCUUACACUGUGAUUUUUUAUUUGGGCGAACUAUCCCUUUAACACGAUUGCUAAGUGGGUUUGUAAACAGUUAAUAAUGAGUACAUCGUUUCUAGAUCUGUAAUAAAACAUGUGACUGUUA